CCAGCCAGUUAAAAGCUCCCCUGUCUUGUCCGAUUCUUACAAUUUACAAAACAAAAAGCCUCCACUACCGAGCACCAACGUUUCGAACUAUUUAUUUAUCCUAUUUUGUUAAAUUUAGUCAUUAUUUAAUCGUUUCACGAGAAUCAUCUUUCUUUUGUUAAAUUAUUAUCAUUUCAGCGGUUGCUUCAAUCAGUUAGCUGGAAACAAAGUGAGACAAACUUCGUUCCACCAUGGCGGCAACCAGGGCUUGUCAGUUUCUUGUCGGUUCAUCGGUGAUGUCAACAUCCGGGAAUUCGGGGAGGGACCGGGGUGUAAGUUUAUCUCAACGGAUGGCGAUGUCGACAGAGCAGAUAUCGUCGGCGGCGGCGACGACGACGACGAGUUUCGUAGAGAAGGGAAUGUCGUCGGAGAAGAAGAAGCAGAGAAGGAAGGAAGAAAAUGAGUUAAUAUCAAAUGUUUACUGGAACCUGGACGAGAUGACGGAGGAGAACCGGAAGAAGUUGAAAGAUUAUUUCGAAGAGUGUAAAGACUUGAUCAGAUCGGACGGCGGGCCGCCUCGGUGGUUCUCUCCUUUGGAGUGCGCGUCCCACACUGCCGAUUCUCCUCUCCUUCUCUUUUUGCCUGGGAUUGAUGGCACCGGGCUUGGACUCAUAAGGCAUCAUCAUAAACUCGGAAAGAUUUUCGAUAUGUGGUGUUUGCAUAUUCCAGUUAAGGAUAGAACGUCAUUUGCAGACCUAGUGAAGCUGGUUGAAAGAACAGUAAGGUCAGAGUGCGAGCGAUCACCAGACCGACCAAUUUAUCUUGUUGGGGAAUCUCUUGGAGGAUGCAUUGCUUUAGAUGUCGCUGCUCGUAACCCUGACAUUGAUCUUGUGCUAAUGUUGGCUAAUCCAGCUACAUCAUUCAAUAGGUCACAGUUACAAUCUCUAAUACCUUUACUGGAACUCAUGCCUGAUCAACUCUUGCUGAACCUCCCUUACAUGCUGAACUUGGUGUCAGGUGAUCCUUUGAGGAUGGCAUUGGAAAAUGUGGUGAAGAGACUUCUGCCGCUCCAAACUGUUGGAGUGUUAUCAUCACAGGAUCUUCUUGGGAUGCCUCAGGUUCUGGCUGAUAUGUUACCUAGAGAAACACUUCUCUGGAAGCUACAGCUGCUUAAAUCUGCUUCUGCAUCUGCCAAUUCACACCUCCAUGCUGUAAAAGUUCAAGCAAUGAUACUUUGCAGUGGAAAGGAUCAGCUGUUGCCUAGUCAAGAGGAAGCCCAAAGACUUCGCAGCAUGUUGCCAAAAAGUGCGAUACGUUUGUUCGAAGAAAGUGGCCAUUUUCUCUUCUUAGAAGACGAUGUUGAUUUGGUAACAACCAUCAAGUGUUCUAGGUUCUAUCGUCGUGGAAAAUACCUUGACUAUGUGUCUGAUUACAUUCCACCAACACCUUAUGAAUUCAUGAAAAUAUGUGAAUCAAAUAGAUGGGUAAUUGCUGCCACUAGUCCUGUGAUGCUGUCAACUUUAGAGGAUGGCAAGGUGGUGAGGGGCCUUGCUGGGAUCCCCUCAGAGGGACCAGUCUUGUAUGUUGGCUAUCACAUGUUACUGGGAUUUGAAUUGGCUCCAAUGGUGAUUCAGUUUUUGAUGGAGAGAAAUAUUCUUGUGCGAGGGAUAGCCCAUCCAAUGAUGUUUUUUAGAUUGAGAGAAGGCAACAUGCUUGACCUAGCUGCAUUCGACACAUUUAGACUGAUGGGUGCAGUUCCUGUGUCAGGACCCAACUUCUACAAACUUCUGUCUUCAAAGUCUCAUGUCCUACUGUAUCCUGGAGGUAUGCGUGAGGCUCUUCACAGGAAGGGUGAAGAAUACAAGUUAUUCUGGCCAGAGCGGUCUGAGUUUGUCAGGAUGGCAUCUAGAUUUGGAGCCAAAAUCGUACCCUUUGGCGUGGUUGGAGAAGAUGAUGUUGGUGAGCUAGUUUUUGAUUACAAUGACCAAAUGCGCAUUCCUUCCUUGAGGUCGUUCAUAAAAGAACUCACAGAAGAAUCUGUGCAAUUGAGGACUGAUGCAAAUGGUGAGGUGUCCAACCAAGAUGUCCACCUCCCCGGAGUUCUUCCUAAAUUACCAGGCCGGUUCUAUUAUUAUUUCGGGAAACCUAUCGAAACUGAAGGAAGGAAACAAGAGCUAAGAGACAGAGAGAAAUCUCAAGAAUUGUAUUUACAUGUAAAGUCAGAGGUUGAGAGAUGCAUGGCCUACCUCAAGGAAAAAAGAGAAAAAGAUCCCUAUAGGAAUUUAUUGCCUCGGUUGCUAUACAGGGCCACACAUGGCUUCACAGCUGAAGUUCCAACUUUUGAGCUUUGAAAAUUUGUCUCCUUAGAGAAGCUCAAUGACCUUCCCCCAAGGAAAGGCUGCAUCAUUACAUGUCAAAACAACAUAGGCAGAGUUUUUACUGAGGUUUUGCAGUGCAAAUACAGACUUUAACAAGGAAUUAAUUCUGUAUCUUGAUUAGAAAGUCCCAAGAAAGAAGGAACAAAACAAAGAUUGAUGCUCGACCACAAACAAUGGAACGAGCAUAGGGGUAGUAAGGAUAAAGGAAUGCAGACAUUCUGUCAAACCAACUUGAUAGCAUUCUCAGAAUCUAGCUAAUAUGGCAUGGUGUAUGUAAGGAAUCAUACUGUAAUUUCUUUGAGGUACAAAGCCAUUGUUUUAAUCCAUGGGUCAUAUUAGCAACAUGUGUUCUCUUUUGGCUGGAAUAUUAUUAUGUUAAUAUCACAUUUAUUUCCCUUUUUCAGUCGUUUUUGAUGAACUUAUUGGAAUGCAGUAAGAAUAUUGAUUUUGCU